CGUCGGAUUUGGUGUCUGUCCCCCAUUUCCAAUUAUAGAUGGAUCAUUACAGACAGAGAAGUACUGAGAAUCCAGACAUCUGCUCUUCACAUGAAUGCACUCACCUCCUAGAGAACAGCCUGCCAUCAUGCUCUGGAAACUGGUUGAAAAUGUCAAGUAUGAAGAUAUCUAUGAGAUGUUAGUCCACACCUAUUCCGCCAUGGACCGGCAUGAUGGAGUGCCCAGCCACAGUUCCAGGCUGUCCCAGCUGGGAUCCGUCUCGCAGGGACCCUACUCCAGCGCUCCUCCGCUCUCUCACACCCCAUCCUCGGAUUUCCAGCCGCCUUAUUUCCCACCCCCCUACCAGCCUCUUCCUUACCACCAAAGCCAGGACCCUUACUCCCAUGUCAAUGACCCCUACUCCCUAAACCCCCUGCAUCAGCCCCAGCAGCACCCCUGGGGACAGAGGCAGAGGCAAGAGGUGGGAUCAGAAACCGGGUCACUGCUGCCACAGCCUCGGGCCGCCCUGCCCCAGCUCUCGGGACUGGACCCCAGGCGGGACUACCACUCAGUACGGAGGCCAGAUGUCCUCCUGCACUCAGCUCACCAUGGCCUUGACUCCGGCAUGGGGGACAGCCUUUCUCUGCAUGGCAUCGGACACCCAGGGAUGGAGGAGGUCCAGUCAGUUGAAGAUGCCAAUAACAGCGGUAUGAACUUAUUGGACCAGUCUGUCAUUAAAAAAGAAAGGCGCUGUCCGUUGUACAAAAGGCAUCGGGGGGCUCUGGGUGAGACACAGGCUCAAACCCGAAAGUUGCCAGUUCCGGUUCCUCCAAAAUCUGUUACUUCUUUGAUGAUGAAUAAAGAUGGCUUCCUGGGUGGAAUUUCAGUCAAUACCGGAGAGGUGUUUUGCUCUGUACCUGGCCGCUUGUCUUUGCUUAGCUCAACUUCAAAGUACAAAGUAACUGUGGGAGAAGUUCAAAGACGCCUCUCCCCUCCGGAGUGUCUGAACGCGUCCCUCCUAGGAGGAGUGCUUAGAAGAGCCAAAUCGAAAAACGGGGGGAGAUCUUUGCGAGAAAGGCUAGAAAAAAUCGGUUUGAAUUUACCAGCCGGCAGGCGUAAGGCCGCAAAUGUCACUUUACUCACCUCCCUGGUGGAAGGUGAGGCCGUUCAUUUAGCUCGGGAUUUUGGGUACAUCUGUGAAACGGAGUUCCCAGCCAAAGCUGUUUCUGAGUACCUGAACAGACAGCACACGGACCCCAGCGACCUCCACUCCAGGAAAAACAUGCUGCUUGCUACAAAGCAACUUUGUAAAGAAUUUACAGAUCUCUUGGCCCAGGACAGGACGCCCAUUGGAAACAGCCGGCCCACCCCAAUUUUGGAACCGGGCAUUCAGAGCUGCUUGACUCACUUCAGCCUCAUCACUCACGGCUUUGGGGCCCCUGCUAUCUGUGCUGCCCUCACGGCCCUCCAAAACUACCUGACUGAAGCUCUCAAAGGCAUGGACAAGAUGUUCUUGAACAACAACACUGCUAACAGGCACACAUCUGGCGAAGGACCAGGUAGUAAAACUGGAGACAAGGAAGAGAAACACAGAAAAUGAGAGAGAGAGAGAGACAGAGAGAGAAAGAGAGAGAGGAAAAAAAAAUUAGA